AUGAGUUUAAAUUUUUUGCACAACACUAGUAGUAUCAAGGUGUUUAAAUCGUAUGAAAAGAAGAAUUCUUGGUUCGAAUGGUUUGAUCUUCGACGGAGAAAACCGAAUUCUGAAGAGGAGAUCAACGAAAUUCAUGAUUUAAUUCUCAAUGUUUAUGAAUCCAUGGACGACCAAGCUCGAGCGGUUCUCCUUUCGCUAUCGAAAAUCAUUCAAGAUGAAGAUGGUCAAUUCACCCUUGAAGAGAAAAUCCAGGCGAUUGUUACCAUGGGCCAUUCACUUUGCUGUGCUCAUACACAAGUGAAAAAUUCUAUGAAACUCUAUUCGAAAUUAUUCAUUCGGGCACUAUCACACCAAGACUCGCGGAUGCGCUUGGCUGCUAUGAUUGCCAUUGCAGAAACUGCUAUCGACAAUCUCAGUUUUCAAAUGAAUUUGCAUGAACAUGGUAUUAUACCAAAGUUAUUUGAAAUAAUGAAAACAUCCAUGCCACACGCAGGUCGUACUGUUAAUGAUAUGAACGAACAUUCUAAAUUAGUUGCUUGGAGUUGUUAUACAAUUAUCAACAUUUGUGCUAACUGUAUGCCUAACACUGUUGUACUUCAAAAACUUGUUCAAACUGAACUCGAGGUUUUGGCUGAUGCCGUUCAACUGGAAAUUUGGUCUUAUAUUUGGCGUGAAAAUUAUGCAAAAACCAUUGUAGAAUUUGUUAAUAAUGACUCAACAUCAAGCAUUCUAUUCAAGGCUGUCUCAGCUAAAUCAUAUCCAUCUAAAAGUCAUCACGCACAGUCAUCAACUACGAAUGUCAAUGAUAAUAAUAAUCAUCAACAGCGGUGUGCAAUCCUCUAA